AUGGUGAAGACGGUGAGAAGGUUCUACACUCCCGGUGACUUCGGAAGUGUUAGGAUGGGUAAUGAUGGUAUUGCUAAGGCAGUUGGCAUGGGAGACGUGCACUUGGAGACUGAAAAUGGCAACACCUUAGUUUUGAAAGGUGUGAAGCAUGUUCCCAACAUUCGCAUGAAUUUGAUAUCUACCAGCAAGCUCGAUGAUGAAGGGUUUUGUAACACCUUUCGAGACGGAAAGUGGAAACUCACGAAGGGAUCCUUGAUUGUGGCGAGAGGGCAAAAGUAUUCUUCAUUGUAUGUGAUGAACGUGAAGAUUGUGGAUCCUAUGAUCAAUGCGGUGGAUGAUGAACGCACUGUGGAACUUUGGCACAACCGACUUAGCCACAUGAGCGAGAAGGGUUUGACAGUGUUGGCCAAGAAGAAUCUCCUCCCAGGUGUGAAGCUUAAGUGCAUCCGAAUAGAUAAUGGAGGUGAAUACUGCGGCCCAUUUGAUGAGUAUUGUAGGCAGCAGGGUAUUCGACACCAAAAGACACCUCCGAAGACUCCUCAGUUGAACGGGUUAGCUGAGAGGAUGAACCGGACACUAGUUGAGAGGUUGAGAUGUUUGCUUUCGCAGUCACAGUUACCGAGGUCCUUUUGGGGUGAAGCCUUGAGUACAAUGAUCAAGGGGGAGCGGCGUCAGAGACUGAUAUUGGUCCUGCACAUGGUGAUGUCCCCAAUGGUGACGUCCCCACAGUUGAUGGUGGUGAGCCAACUGUUGAAGUUGAAGAAGGGGUUCAAGAACCACCAGAAGAACCUAUUUUGA